CGGGCUCGGCUAGGGGACGCGCGGCGCAGACGCAGGCCGGGAGGACGCGGGGCUGCCGGGGCGCGCGGUGUGCGCGCGAGGAGGCGCGCGCUGCUUUCCUAGAAAGCGCCGCUCCACGCGCGGCCAUGGGCUCCCUGUGGCGAGAAGUCCUCCUGGAGACCGUCCUGGGGUAUGUCUUUUGGUCUCUCUGCCAUGAUAUGGGACCAGUGAUCUUUUACUUUCCUCUGCAAACCCUCGAACUCACUGGGCUUGAAGGUUUUGGCAUAGCAUUUCUUUCUCCAAUAUUCCUAACCAUUAGUCCUUUCUGGAAAUUGGUUAACAAGAAGUGGAUGCUAACCCUGCUGCGGAUGAUUACUGUUGGCAGCAUAGCCUCCUUCCAGGCUCCGAAUGCCAAACUUCGGAUAGUGGUCCUCGCGCUUGGUGUGUCUUCGUCUCUGAUAGUGCAAUCUGUGACAUGGUGGACAGGAAGUGGUUUGCAAAGGUACCUCAGAAUCUGGGGAUUUAUUUUAGGACAGAUUCUUCUUCUUGUUCUUCGCAUAUGGUACACUUCACUAAACCCAAUCUGGAGUUAUCAGGUGUCCAACAGAGUGAUCCUGACCUUAAGUACCAUAGCCACCCUUGAUCGCAUCUUCACAGAUGGUGACUGCAGUAAACCUGAGGGGAAAAAGACUGGCGAGGCAGCCAAGGGGAUGGCCUCUAGACCUAACUGGUUGUUGGCGGGGGCUGCCUUUGGCACUCUCAUAUUCCUCACCCACUGGGUGUUUGGAGAGGUCUCCCUCGUUUCCAGAUGGGCAGUGAGUGGCCAUCCCCAUCCAGGGCCGGAUCCUAACCCGUUUGGAGGUGUAAUUCUGCUGUGCUUGGCGAGCGGAUUGAUGCUCUCGGCUUGUUCACGGUUUCCUGGUACCGGUGUAAUCUGGUGGGUUACAGGAGUGGCUUCAGCUGUGGGUCUCCUUUACCUGCCCACGUGGGCAGCCGCUGUUUCUGGCUGUGUGCUUGCCCUCUUCACAGCGUCCAUGUGGCCUCCAGUGCUUGGACACCUUGUUAGCUCUGGGUCAAGACCUGGGAAAGCCAUGACCAUCGCCAUGAUAUUUUAUCUUCUAGAAAUACAUUUCUGUGCAUGGUGCACAGCUUUUAAAUUUGUCCCAGGAGGGGUAUAUGCUAGAGAAAGAUCUGAUGUGCUUUUGGGGACGGUGAUGCUAAUCAUUGGGCUGAAUAUGCUAUUUGGUCCUAAGAAAAGCCUUGACUUUCUUCUUCAAGCAAAAAACAGUCCUAAAGCGCUUUUCAGAAAGAGUGAAAAAUGCAUGAAACUUUUUUUGUGGCUGCUUGUUGGUGUGGGGUUCCUGGGAUUAGGAGUACGGCAUAAAACCUAUGGGAGGAAACUGGGCAAAGGGGCACCAGCCACAGAGAUCUCUGCCGCCAUCUGGGCUUUCAGGUUUGGCUACGACAAUGAAGGAUGGUCUAGCCUAGAAAGAUCAGCCCAACUGCUCAGUCAAACAGGUGCAGAUUUCAUAACAGUUUUGGAGAGCGAUGCUUCUAAGCCCUUUAUUGGGAACAAUGACUUAACUAUGUGGUUAGGGGAGAAGUUGGGUUUCUAUACCGACUUUGGUCCAAGCACAAGGGAUCACACUUGGGGGAUUAUGGCUUUGUCAAGAUACCCAAUUGUGAAAUCAGAGCAUCACCUUCUUCCGUCACCAGAGGGCGAGAUCGCACCAGCCAUAACGCUGACUGUUAACAUCUCAGACAGACUGGUGGAUUUUGUUGUGACACACUUUGGGAAUCACGAAGAUGACCUCGACAGGAAACUUCAGGCUAUUGCUGUUUCAAAACUACUGAAAAGUAGCUCUAAUCGAGUGAUAUUUCUGGGAUAUGUCACUUCAGCACCUGGUUCCAGGGAUUAUCUGCAGCUUGUUGAACACGGUAAUGUGAAGGAUAUUGACAGCACAGAUCAAGACAGAUGGUGUGAAUACAUUAUGUAUCGAGGGCUGAUCAGAUUGGGUUAUGCAAGAAUCUCCCAUGCUGGACUGAGUGACUCUGAAAUUCAGAUGGCUAAAUUUAGCAUCCCUGAUGACCCCGUUGAUUAUAGAGACAACCAGAAAGUGGUCACAGACCCCAGGGAAGUUCCUGAGAAAAUUCAUUUCAAUCCCAGGGUUGAUACUUCCUGCACUGAAAACAUUUUCCGUUACUAUUAACCAGCUCCGGGAGGUGAGCGUGUGGGGAAGAGAGCAGUGUCCUACGUUGACUUCGCUUGUAACCAGUGGGAUGACUUAGCCAAAAGCAGUCUGCUCUUAAAUAUCUUGACUGCCCUCUAAGCUGUUGAAAGAAAGGUCAGCAUUUGGAGGGGAAUAACAACAUUAGUAAUAACAGUAACAAUAAUGUGUGAAAAUCAGGUAGUGAUAGAGUAAUAAUAAUAAUAUCAAUAACCACAAGAUGAAUAACAAGAGAAUGAAACUGUUAACAAUGAUAAUAAUACCUUGCAUUUAAGAAGUUAUUAUGACGUUAAAACGCUUCCAAAUAUGUCAUCUGUUUUCACAGAUAACCCUCACAACAGCCUUGUGUGGGAGGUAGGUAUUAUUAUCCUCAUUUUACUGAUGAGGAAACUAAGGCACACCAAGGUCAAAUGACUUGCCCAAGGUUGUACAAGUAGUUGAGUCAAGAAGGAAACCCUGAGGGCCAGCCCUGUGGCUGAGUAGUUAAGUUCUCACGCUCCGCUUCAGCAGCCCCGGGUUUCGCCGGUUCGAAUCCUGGGCG